UGGUCCGGUCUGCCUCUAUCCCGCCGUUGUAAGGGCAAAGUGCAAAGUAGCUAUUAAUAUUUGCAAACCAAAAGUGAAAGUAGCAGAGACUAAAUUUGCUCUAAAAACAGCGAGGGAAACGCUUCACUGAAAUAUCAUUCAGAAAAACUUUAGGAAGAAAACAGCAUUGGAGUCGCGGUCGCGGUUCUUUCCGAUCCUGAAGAAAUAAGAAUCCUACUUUUUUUAAUUCUUAAAAUGAGAAGAUUGUUUCUGUGCAGUACCUGUCUCCUUUUCCUCUUCAGUUUUGUGUGCGCCACACAGACAGAUGGAUAUUCUGUGGAGGUGCCGGUGGAUCUGGUCUCUGGUAUCGUGGGUGACACCGUGACGCUGCCGUGCCGCCUCUCCCCGCUCGGUGACGCAGUGAAAAUGGAGGUGCGGUGGUUUAGAGACGGGAUUGAGGCUCCGCUGUAUUUCUACACACUCCAGAAUCCCGUGUCGAGUAUCCAGCAUGACGAAUACAAAGACAGAGCCCGCAUCUUUAUAGAAGAACUCAGCGUUGGCAAUCUGUCCCUCCAGAUGAGCAAAAUCCAGACCUCGGACUCGGGACGCUAUAUAUGCUCUGUGUUUCACAAAAUCAAGUACGCACAUGCCGUUGUGGAACUGAAGGUUACAGGAGAUGGCAAGUCCCCUAUCUGGCUCACAGUAUUGCUGUUGUUUGUUAUUCCUAUAUUCAUCGCAAUAGUGGCUUAUUGCCGGUCCACUAAAUAUCAGAAAGCUGUUAAAAAAACAACAAAACCACGAGGUCACACCAGGAAUAAUGACAGCUUAUUAUUUUCUGACGAUGAGGAGACCGAUUUACGUUAUCAGCCAGCAGGAAUGUCCAGAUCUUCAAAACAGAGUACGGGAGUCAAAACCAGCCACAGGACAGCGGGUGCGUCUGUGACUGGAAAAAAAAACACACGAGAUCAGACCAGGAAUAAUGACGGCCUUUUUUCUGACGAUGAAGACGGCACGAGUCCUAAACCGAAAGGCUCUGGAGACAUCCCAAAGGAGCUGGUCAAAGCUGGUUUUCUACAGCGAAUCCUGUCCUGGAUGGGAGCCAAUUCUUCCAAAGCGCCAGUCUCAGCUGAUGUAACUCUGGACCCUAAGACAGCCAGCCCCAGUCUCUUCCUCUCUGAAGAUCAUAAAGAGGUGAGACUGAGGACAGAACAGUGGCAAAUCGACAGGACUCAGAAACAGAAGAAAUGGUAUAGUGUCCUGGGAACAGAGGGGUUCACCUCAGGGAGACACUACUGGGAGGUGGAGGUGGGGGACAAGCAGAACUGGCGACUGGGGGUAGGAGAAAAAAGCAGUGGGGGUACAGAACCACUAAAUUGGACUCUGGGUCUGAGGAAUGGAAAGUUUGAAAAUGAUUUAGGUAACCACAGCUCCCAAUCAGAGCUGAGGAUAGUGAGGGUCACUCUGGAUAUGGAGGGACUCCAGCUCUCCUUCUUCAAUGCAGAGACUAGGUCUGAGAUUCAGACGGUCAGUGUUGCCAAGGCCACUGGAAAACUGUACCCCUACUUUAGUCCUGGAGGCUGGGACAGAGACCCAUUGCUAAUCUUUGACCUGAACCCAGAGAAAUUAAUUAAAAAUAAUAGGACCUCACAGUCUGAAAUCAGUUAAUACGCCCAGUCGCUCCUGUCUCUUAAAUCUUAAAUCCAAUCUUUUCACUUUUUAUACGUCAAACCGAAUUAAAAAUGUAAAAAAAAAGUGUAUUUUAAUUA